GGUACAUGUAACUAUUGAGAGUUUCUGCAUGCACUGUACCUAGUUGGGCUACAGUGCGGAAUGACCAAGCUAGACCAAACCAAAAUAAUUCCGACACGCAUCAGCGCCAAUAAACUGGAACUUGCCGCCGCCUCCGCCUCUUUUCCCCUUCUCACUGCCACCUGCGCCUGCACCACCACAAUUUGACGUUUCCCCCCAAGCACUUUUUUUCCUGCUCAUCCACAACCUACCAUCUCGUCUUUGCGGCUCAGUCGUCCACUUACACUGUUGACCUGCCGAAUCUCUACCCGCGCAACCCAGUGCAAUUGUAUUGUCCUUAACCAAUUUCUAUCGGGGAAAUAUACAAGAAGGAAUACCUGAUCCUUUGAUUGACGAAAUUAUUACUCAUUUAUAGUAAGGAGAAAAAAAGGAAAAAAAUCCUAAGAGAUCAGCAUUUGGACGCGCUUUGCCGCGAUCAUCAACAACACCAUCAAUUCAUAGCAGCAGCCACGUCCUCCAGCCACACAUCUAGCCUUGCUAUCCAUCGAGCUUAACGAUGCGUCGUUGAUGCGCCUGAGCUUCCUUCGCGUCUCUUCUACGUCGAUACCGAGUCAUUUUUUCGUAGGGACCUUAAUCGUGUUCUUGGUAAUUAUUGUUUGGACCUAUGGCGUCCGAGAAAGGUCCCGUCGCGACGGAAGCCCCGCCCUUCUCAUCUAACACCUCCCAACCUACGAUUUCCUCCGAUCCUGUUUCUGUCGAGACAUUAACUGCUGAAGCUGCCCGUGCGACGCAGUCGCUUAAGAGACAGCGGGAAUCUUCGCCUGUCUCCCCGUCCUCGGCGUUAUCAGCACUCCAUCGGGAGCUGUCGCCAUCAAAAGUAGCUAGGCUUGGCCUGCAACCGAGAUUCUCUCCACCUUUAACUGGAGCUGCAGCCGUCGAGGAGGAGCGGCGCAGAGAAGAAGAGCAGUACAAGAUACAGGUUUCCGGUGCUAGCGACAAUCCUGCCUUCAAAGCUCAAUCUGCAUUGAUGUCUGCCAGCGCUCUCGCCAUGAGCCGGCCUCAGGAAGCUCCUCAGGAUGUGCCUCAAGAUAUUCCACAGGACAUUUCUCAGGAAUCCCGUCAGGAACCACCUCAAGCUGCUCCUCAUGUAGAAGACGUGCAGCCUGCGCCUCCUCCCGUCUCCAUACAGCUCCCUGACGCCCAAAAUUCAGAACCAAAGCCCGAUGACAUUAGUCCUCAGAGCGCGACCAGCUUGGGUAGCUUAGGGGGUGGAUCUGGCGCGCCGGUUACGACCAGCCCUGGACCUAUGGAGCUUGAUGGGCAUAAUGAUCAUUCCGGCUUUGGAACGCAGCCGCCAGCCCCUAUGGAAGAGAAGGGGGUCACUUCGCUGUCGUACCCUGGCGUUCUUGCUCCGACCAACAUGCCAGCUCCUCCGAUCCGGGGCAUGAGCAUGCCGAUGACACCGAAUCAGCAGGGCGGACCACGCUCGCCGAAUUCGAAAAAGCAUAAGUGCCCAUACUGCGAGACGGAGUUUACGCGCCACCACAAUCUGAAGAGUCAUCUCCUGACUCAUAGUCAAGAGAAGCCAUAUGUUUGUCAAACAUGUUCAAUGCGUUUCCGUCGCUUGCAUGAUCUUAAGCGUCACACUAAGCUACAUACUGGGGAGAAACCCCACGUAUGUCCAAAGUGUGACCGUAAGUUUGCGCGCGGCGAUGCUUUGGCACGGCAUAGCAAAGGUCCCGGCGGUUGUGUGGGUCGUCGGAGUAGCUUAGGAAGCUUUCUCGGCGAGGAAGAGGUGGACGGUUCAAGCCACAUGGAGGGCGAUGAUUCCGCGAUGACUGGUGUCGUGUAUGAUGGUUCCAACGAAGGUGAGUUGACGGAGGAAGAGAGACGGCGUCUUAGUUUACCCAGCAUAAAAGCUCAGCAUGUUCAAGGUAACCAAACACUACUCGAACUCUACGUUUCACCUUUUUUAACACCUCAACCUUCAGGGUCUGCUACGGGUCGACUCUAUCCACCCAAUGUGGAUCGUGGUUCCGGAAGUUCGAACGCGUCCCAGACUCCCGGCACCAGCAUCUCAUCUCUCCCUGUAGGCGCUAGCAACCCAGCUAUGUACGCUCAAAGCGCCAUGACCGAGAGCCCUAAACCCUUAAGCCCCUCUGGCGGGCAGGGCCAUGACUCUACAAAUAUUAAUAGACAGCGCUCGCCGAGCCUGACGGCGCAGUUCCAGCAACAGCACUUCAACCGUCACCAGUCGGAUCGGCAUACACCUCCAGGUUUGUACAGCCCAGAGUCUCCUAAUGCACACUUUCAUACUGAGAAUGUCGAAGUGCCUGGAUUUGCCGCGGUCGAUGCUGCUAGAUACGCCGCCUCCGCGGGAGCUAUACAGAGCUCCGCCCCUGUCUCUCAAUCGGCGCCUGGGAGCUCGGGCCAGCAAAUAGUCGCUGGUCCUGGGAUCGGUCAUUCCCACGCAUCCAAUGGUCCUAGCCAGAAUGGCGGCAGCGGUGAUAGCACUAGCAACAAUAUAUUUGCGACUGAUCAAGGCAUAUGGGCCUACAUCCAUGGUCUCGAGGAGCAAGUCAGGCAACUGAACGAACGUGUCCAAGCCAUGGAAGCAACGGGGAGAUCGCAAGAGGAAAAGAUUACGUAUCUGACGAACGAAAUGACGGCCCUUCGAAGCGAAGUCGAGAUAAAGACAGAUGUGACCGAUAAGGUUAAAUUUGUUGUGUACGCAUGGUGCAUAUGAUGGAUCCAAGGGCUAUGCAUCUGAUUCUCUGCUGUCGCUGCCUUUCCCGUUACGGCGGACGUAGGCUUGUCGUUUUAAGGGAGGCGUUUAUGGAGUUUUCAAGUUGCCUACGAAAAGCAAUGUUUCUUUUUUCUGGUCUUCUAACGACUUACUCGAGGUCUUUCGUUAUUAGUUUUGGUGAUAUCCCUAUGGGUUAUUUCGGACUCGGAAUCGGGUGGAAUUGCAGCAAAAAAUAAUUCUACAUCGACCAUUUCCACGUCUAUGUAUUAUAUACUAGUGCAGAUAGAAGCCUCGAGGCAGGGCAAAAAAGGCAAAGCCAUCGCUACAUUAAUGAAUGCUAUCAAUAAAUCAUCUGCUUAAUUAUCUACACGUUUACUUGGGUUUCUGGUGUUUUUUUAUGGUCUGAUCUUGCUUGUGUUUUAUUUGAGCUGUCCAUAAAACAAAAUCUUUCUCUGCUCAUAGUAUGCCUGGUGUAAAAUCAUACCAGUGAGAAGAAUUGCCCAGAUAAAGACCUAAGCUAGUAGUAGAGCUCAUACAUGAUACCUUAAGUACUUAAAGUUACC